UUUAAAUUAUCAUUUAACCAACCAUUACGAAUUACAAGAUUAUGAAAGUUAAGAAUUCAUUUGCGUUUUAAGUGCCCCAACGAGGCAUCCUUAUGUCCUGCGCAGUGGGGUCGAGGAACAGCCAACCCCUCCACCGGUUCCUCCUCUAUCGCAUUUCUUCAUGGGGGGGUGAGCAGAUCACUUCAGGCGGGAUCGAAGAAGCAAGCGGACGCUUCUGGAGCGCAUACUGACUCGUUAUCACCCAUCCAAAGGGGGGAUAAAUCCCCCUUUUGACUUGAAACGCUUUUCACCGCUACCGGUGGUUCGGAGAAUGCGCGUGUGAAAAUCGUGCAGCAGCAGAAUAAGCGUCAAACUCACAAUGCGCCCUGAGUGAACGCACGCAGGGAGACAAUACGGACCGGCGGACUCACCAAGCGAGGAGCCACAUUUUCUCAUCUGGAACCGCGCUUUUUUUUCACCCAAUUCCUCUUUACCGAGACGCAACGUGGAUAUUCCCCCGGUCUCGACAUCAAACUAUUUUUUAUUGUCCAAUUGAGAGCAAAUUCACUUCGCAGCGUGGACAAGUGGUUUGCUCUUCAAACUCCAGCCAUGACGUCUCCGGCCAAAUUCAGAAAGGACAAGGAGAUAGUGGCCGAAUAUGAAACUCAAGUUAAAGAGAUUCGCGCCCAGCUGGUGGAGCAGCUGAAGUGUCUGGACCAGCAGUGUGAGCUGCGAGUGCAGCUGCUCCAGGACCUGCAAGACUUCUUCAGGAAGAAGGCGGAGAUUGAGAUGGACUACAGCCGCAACAUGGAAAAGCUGGCUGAGCGCUUCCUCACCAAGACACGCAGCACUAAAGACCAUCUGCUGAAGAAGGAGCAGAGUAUCUUAUCCCCAGUGAACUGCUGGAACCUGUUGCUGCUUCAGGUGAAAAGGGAGAGCCGCGACCACGCCACGCUGUCCGAACUCUACCUCAACAACAUCAUUCCCCGCUUUGCGCAGAUCAGCGAGGACUCGGGACGGCUCUUCAAAAAGAGCAAAGAGGUUGGCGUGCAGCUGCAAGAAGACUUGAUGAAGGUUCUGAAUGAGCUUUAUUCGGUGAUGAAGACAUACCACAUGUACAACACCGACAGCAUCAACGCUGAGUCCAAGCUGAAGGACGCCGAGAAGCAGGAGGAGAAACAGAUGGGGCGCUCCAGUCGCCAGGACGACCGUCAGACGCCACGCUCGCCAGACACCCUUGCUAGCAUCAAGGCUGACGACAAACCCAUUCGCCGCUCCAGUGUCAAGAAAAUAGAAAAGAUGAAGGAGAAGAGACAAGCCAAGUACACGGAGAACAAGCUGAAGGCCAUCAAAGCCAGGAAUGAGUACCUUCUCGCUCUGGAGGCCACCAACGGCUGCGUCUUCAAGUAUUACAUCCAUGACCUCUCUGACAUCAUUGACUGCUGUGACCUUGGCUACCAUGCCAGCCUCCACCGUGCCCUGAGGACCUAUUUGUCAGCGGAACAGAAUGUCGAGGUAUCCAAGCACACUGGUCUGGAGACACUGGAGGGUGCCGCUGAAAGUCUGGAGCCCAACGGAGACAAACAGAAGCUGAUGGAGACCUACAACAAUGUCUUCUGUCCCCCGGCUCGCUUUGACUUCCAGUCGCACAUGGGAGACACGAUGGGCGUCAUGUGUGCACAGCAGCCACUUGAAAGUGAGCUUCUCCAGAGGUGUCAGCAGCUUCAGUCCCGCCUCUCCACGCUCAAGAUAGAAAAUGAAGAGGUGAAGAAGACCAUGGAAGCCACUCUGUCCACCAUCCAGGACAUGGUGACAGUGGAGGACUAUGACGUGUCCGAUUGCUUCCACCACAGCAACAGCAUGGAGUCCGUCAAGUCGACGUUCAGUGAAUCCUAUCUCAGCAAGCCCAGCCUUGCCAAGAGGCGGGCCAACCAACAGGAGACGGAACAGUUCUACUUUACGAAGCUGAAGGAGUUUCUUGAAGGCAGGAACCUGAUCACUAAGCUCGACGCCAAGCAUGACCUCAUCCAGAAAACCAUAGGAGAGAGUCAGAAGACCGACUGUUGCCUUGCCAGUGACCGGAGAAACUCUGCAGUACGGAAACAGAAUACGGGUGAAACCAUUCCUCUUAUGGUCGAGAGCUGCAUCCGUUUCAUCAGUCGCCAUGGUCUGCAGCAUGAGGGUAUUUUCCGAGUAUCGGGCUCCCAGGUGGAGGUCAAUGAUAUCAAGAAUGCAUUUGAGCGAGGCGAAGACCCUUUAGCAGGAGACCAGAAUGACCAUGACAUGGAUUCAAUUGCUGGUGUCCUCAAGCUCUACUUCAGAGGACUGGACCAGGCCCUUUUUCCAAAGGAAGUGUUCCAUGACCUCAUAUCCUGUGUCUCAAUGGAGAGCCUCCAGGAGCGCGCUGUCCACAUUAAGAAAGUUCUGCAAUCUUUGCCAAGUCAAACCCUCAUCAUUAUGAGAUACCUGUUUGCCUUCCUCAACCAUUUGUCCCAGUACAGUGAGGACAACAUGAUGGACCCUUACAACCUCGCCAUCUGCUUUGGCCCCACCCUGAUGUCUGUCCCGGAAGGUCACGACCAAGUCUCCUGCCAGGCCCACGUCAAUGAGCUCAUUAAAACGAUCAUCAUCCACCAUGACACCAUCUUUCCAAGACUGCAGGACCUGCAGGGCCCCAUCUACAUCAUCCCUGGUGCUGGUGAUGACUUCUGUGACAGUCCGCACUGCGAUCCCCCACUCGUGCAAGAGCCGGCGCCUGACACCGUGUCCGUCGGCCACAACAGUGAAGAUGGCACCUUGGCUGUUUCAGAGUCGGAUCCAGUGGAAGCCAUUGCUCGUUUCGACUAUUCCGGCCGGACCAGUCGCGAGUUGUCUUUCAAGAAGGGCGCCUCAUUGCUUCUCUAUCAACGAGCGUCUGACGACUGGUGGGAGGGGCGACAUAAUGGAGUGGAUGGAUUGGUGCCACAUCAAUAUAUUGUGGUUCAAGACAUGACUGAUGGCGGCCGUGGAAGCCCAAAAUCUGAUAUGGACACCAGGGACCAGUUGGAGGAAAGGGUUUCCACUCGAGGCAGUGCUGCAUCACCUACGGGCGCUCAUGUGGCUGACAUCUACCUGGCCAACCUCAACAAGAUGAGGAAACGUCCAGAGUCCGGGAGCAUCAGAAGAACAUUCCGGGGCUCAGACAGUGAAAAUUCAGGGGCCAGCGGAGGCGGCCUGGGUGGGGUGAGAACGGCAUCGCUUCCGAUAGGUGGAGCUCUGGUGAAGGAGUCUGCGGACAAACGGCCAGUUAGCGCUCACAGCAUCCUCAAUUCCAUCACACGCCAUUCCUCGCUGAAGACGAAGGUGGAAAGUCCUCAACUGCGCAAGUCAACUCCGGCAGGACGCUCCAAGAGCUUCAGUAACCACCGACCUCUGGAACCUGAGGUCAUAGCCCAGGUGGAUCACAGCUCACAGGACAUCGAAGCGGCAAUGAGCUGCGCUUUGAAUGAGCUGAGGGAGUUGGAGCGACAGAGCACCUCCAAACACACCCCUGAUGUGGUCCUCGACACACUGGAGCAGCUGAAAGGUGUGAGUGGUGGCGGGGGUGGCGGAGGAGGAGCAUCGGAACCCUCCAGCCCGCUCCACUCCCGCUUGCUACGAGACGGCGACGGGGGCUCCACACACGCCCACCCACUUCAGCGCAGCGCCUCCUCAGCCAGCGACGUGCCCUCCUCCUUCCGAGCUACCAAAAGCCAGCCCAGGAGCCCCCUUCCUUCCGCCACUUCGCCUUCCCUCUCCUCUUCCUCUCUGUCCUCCUCGGUUCCUUCCUUCAGAGAGCUGCGCCCCCCGGCAACGAGGCCCAAGCCGGUGGUGUUCCCGAAAAGCGGUGGAGGGAAUGGCAAUACAGCCAUGGGUUCCCCGACAUCCACUGUGCCACUUGCGCCAGCGGGACACACACAUUCUCUCCCACACGCGCCACCUCCGCCACCUUCAUCCCAGUCGAAUGACAAAUCCUGCCCGGCUUAGCACCUCCUCGCUCCCAGCCCAGUCCAAAUCGAAUCCCUAAUGCUUAAACCAGCAAGUCUUCGAGCAGGUGUCGGAAGCACUUAGUUUGUUACGCAUCCAGCACAUACUAACCCACUCCAUACUGUAGCAUUCAGACGUCACGAUCCAUUUUAAGAGUGUCACAAGGUUACAUGGCCAGGCUACUUUUCACUGAUCGCCGCACGGAAAGGAUUUUCAAGUCUUUCACGAGGGAACAGAUGUGCUGAUUAAUGGGCACCUGCAACUUUCAUACCUUAGCUAUUUUUAGGGGGGUGGAAGUAUUGCUCUCCUUUACACAGAGAAUCACAUGAGGAAUCGUUUUUAAGACCUUGUAACGAUCAGAUGGGAUUGUUUGAUUCCUAAGAAAAGACUGUGAAAGGUUUUAAGCUUUCUUGAAAUGAAACACAAUGUCUUGCUGCUUCACACAUGGAAGACUGGAGAAGAAAAGCUCUGGAUUGAAAGACUAUAGACCAAUAACAGCACGAGUGAUUGAGAGCUUUGUCACUUGUUCCAGUCUUUUUCUUUUCUUUUUUUUUCUUUUUUAAAAUAUAUUGCUGUUUGGGAUCUAGUAAAAUGUAGCUAAUAGAAAUACGAAAUUGGUUGGGGAACCACAAAUGUUUGACCUGGCAUCAAACAAACAAUCUGAGAGAAAAAGUGUUAAUGAUAUACAGUAUGUCAUAAUAUUUGUUUCAUAUUUUUUCUUGAUUUUUAAUAUGGCCGUCACAGAUGGCCACUGAUAUUGAAACGGUUCCCCAGCCCUAAAUAAAGCAAUAAGAAUAAUGGAACGCUGGUAGUAUUUUUGCUGCUUUUCGACUGCAGCUCUUCUAUGUGUAGGGGACCACUGAAAGCCAGCAUUUUUUAUUUUCUUUGUAAUGUCGGACUGUACACGCACAUGUUCUCAACAGAUGUGUGUGUGGUGUUUUGUGGCAGCUAAACACCUUUCAGGUUGGAUGCUGUGGCCAUUUGACAGCAGCUUGCAAUGACUAGAUGGCUGAUAUCCUUUUAUGUCCUUGCAAUGUCAGCAAGAGGCCAACUACAAAAAAAAAAGACAGCUUGCUCAUAUAAUUAUAUUUCACACUUUGCAGUAAAAAGAGUUUAAUUAUUCUAAUGGUGUUCACGUAUGUUUAUUAAUCAUUAGGGCAACUGGAAGCAUGGCGCUGAGGUCUUUUGAGGGUGUGUUUGAACACAACCAACCACCUCAUCCAAUUACUUCUUAAGCACCCUUUUUUUCUGGCUUUUUCACUGUUACUGUUUUCUGGACAAAUGUUGACCUGUGUCGCCGUCUGGUCGCGUGCAUGUGUGUGCCGCUAUGUGAGCAUGGAUGGAUGGAUGAAUCCAUUACAAGAGGAUGGCCACGGUAUGAAUAAGUCAAAUAUGUGUUGUCACCCGUGUCUGUAUAUUCACAGGAUUUUGCAAUAAUACCACCAACCACAGAACUUACAAAGGUGGCCAAAGAAGACCCAGUUUAUUAUUACAGAAAGUAGCACCAUUUAAUGUUCUAAUAAAAUUCUCCUUUUGCAAGUAUGUAAAUCAGAUCAGGAUGUAAAUGCAUAAAAUGGUUCAAAUAUUUUUUUCUGUAUAUGAGACACUGCAUCCAUCACACUCUCCCACGUGUUGAAUUACACUUGUACAUUUUUAAAUCUCGAUCAUGAUUGUGUAUUACUGUUCUUACCUCAUUGCAACAACUGGAGGGACUGUGACUGCGUGCUUUGUGCGCGCACACACAGACCAACAUGGAUAUGGAUGGUUGGUGCAUUUGUGUGAUUUCAAAUCAAUCAUGCACUUGAACAAAGUUGGCUUUGCGUGUUGACUAACUGUGUGCGGGUGACUUACCAGAUUUGUCAUAUAUGCUUUUGUGUCCAUUUGGAAACAGAACUAAAAAAAAAAAAGAGGGACUCUUAUGUCAAAUUUAUUUAUAGUAGUCUUUGUAUUACUGGAGAAUCUUGUGUUCAGAUGUACUUUGUAUAUAACAAUGUUGUACAUUACAGAGGUACACUCUUCUUUUUGGUACAAUAUUGUACAGUAAUAUCAAUGGUGAUUUAAUCAAAUAGGCCUUAUAUAAUUCUAUGUGUAGUUAUUGUUGUAGAUCUUUUUUUUUUAAUAAACAUUGCUUGCUAUCAA